AUGUCUCUGCGGCCCGGCAGACUUCAGUUUAAUGAGGUUGGUUCUCCCGGGCGGCUCUCCCGGCGGCGGCGGCGGCGGCGACGGCGACGGGCACACGUGUUCUCCUUGGGAGGGCACAAGUGGCCCGGCUCUCGUCUGUCUCACGCAAACUUUAAAAUGAGCUGGGCGUCAACAUUUGGACCCUGCCGGCUUUCAGCUUUCCCCAAGAAGUGCAGCGCCGGCGCCGCGCGAUGCAGCAGCAAGCAAGCAAGCAAGCAAGCAAGCAGCGAGCGCGUCGCGGUAGGUGACACAAAAGACAAACUACCUCAACCCAUUGCCCAUUGCCCGGUGGCGGAGAAGCGCCCGCCCGGCUAUUUACCUACCUAUGUACCCGUCGUUGCACGGGCAAGGCAGUGGGUGAGUGGCAGCGGCAGCGCCGGAGAUUUUCGUACGGAGCAAGGGGGUGGGGGAUGGAGGAGGUUUAAAAACAGAAAGAAAGAAAAAUCAUGUUCAGGCGAUCAGCAGGGGAUCCCCACAUAUCGAGGACCAGGGGGGAGUCGAAGACGAUGA